AUGAGUGGUCUUCUCUAUCUAAGUGUGUCACAAAAUUCUAUAGAGGGAAAAAUUCCAUCAGAUAUUGGAGAACUGAAAGCCAUUGUAGAAAUACAUCUUUCUGGUAACCACUUUUCAGGCAUGAUACCAAGCAGAUUCGGGGAACUCCAAAACCUGCAGUCUCUUGACCUAUCAAACAAUUCAUUAUUUGGCCAAAUUCCAUUAUCCCUUGCCAACUUGAUAAGCUUGGAAUUCUUGAAUUUGUCUUUAAAUGCAUUGUCAGGUAGUAUUCCUAUGUCUUUGGAAAAACUCUCAUACCUUAAAAGCAUUAAUGUUUCAUUUAAUGAUUUAGAAGGUGUAAUACCAAGUGGUGGUGUGUUUGGACAUUCCACUGUGCAAUCAUUUCUUGGGAACAAAGGUCUUUGUGGAAUGCACAUAUUGGAGAUUCCUGCUUGUGCUAUCACUAAUCCUGGAAAACAAUCAAAGCUUAAAGAGGUUCUACUAAAAAUUGUUACUCCAGUGGUUAUUUCAUCCUUGCUGAUAUUCUUGUUGGUUUCAAUUUGGUUAAUGAAACGACAGAAGAAAGAAAAGUCCAAAGAUGUUGAAAAGGUACCAGAGAUCAGGACUCAUCAAUUAGUUUCUUAUCACGACAUUCAACAAGCAACCAAUAAUUUUGAUGAAUUAAAUUUAAUUGGUGUGGGAAGUUCUGGCUCUGUGUACAAAGGCACAUUAUCUAGUGGAACUGCAGUGGCCAUUAAGGUUCUGGAUUUGGAAAAUGAGCAAGUAUGCAAGAGGUUUGAUACCGAAUGUGAAGUGAUGAGAAAUGUUAGACACAGAAAUCUUGUUCCAGUGAUUACUACAUGUUCUAGUGACUAUAUAAGAGCCUUUGUUCUGCAAUUUAUGCCCAAUGGGAGUCUUGAGAAUUGGCUGUACAAAGAAGAUCGCCACUUGAACCUUCAUCAAAGAGUCACUGUAAUGCUUGAUGCAGCUAUGGCAGUUGAAUAUCUACAUCAUGGUCAUGCCACUCCAAUAGUUCAUUGUGACCUAAAGCCAGCCAAUAUUCUUUUGGAUGAAGAUAUGGUGGCUCAUCAAUAA